UAUCGUGUUUAUUUUUCUGGUUUUGACUUUGUUCUCAUUUUUGACAUCGUCUCUCUGUCUAACUUUGUUUUGACUGUUUGUCUGAUCACCUGACCUCUGCCUGUAUAAGUUUAUGUAUUUUGCACUUGUUGUUUUUGGUAUUAAAUUACAUAACCUGCAUUUGCUUCUGUCUUCGACUCCAUUUCAUGAUUAUUGUAAAUGCUCCUCAGCUCACACAUGGUAAAUUUAUCUUUAUUACUUGCUGUAAGUCUAGGGAAACCCACUUGCUGGUAAACACUAGAAUUCAUGUGUGUAGAAAUGAGUGAAGUUAAUGCUGCAGAUCAUGCACAUUUUUUUUUUUUUUUUCAAUGAUGACACUAUACAUAAAAGAUAAAAUGACCACAUGAGAAAAUAUAUGAAUAAAUAUUAAUACUGUAUAUUGCAAUAUAUAUUAGGUCAUGGAAAGAGUGAUUAAAAGAUUUUCAGAAAUGAGACAGCGGUUGUUGUGGUUUCCUGAUAAUCACACUAUAUAACAGAGAGACACUCAGGCAGUGUGACAGAGAGUGUGUGUAUUUCACUUUGAGAGACUGGUGUGUGUGUGUGUGCAGAAGAAUCAGUAAUGAUGAAGUGCUUGUAUCUUUUGUCUGUUGUGUUUCACGUCACUGCAGGUGAGUGAAGUUAUUUUCUAUUUUCUAUUACAGAAAGGAGAGAGAAUAUUAUCCAGUUCUUAGAUCAGCUGCUUUGUGUUUAGUUCAUGUGGUUUCUGUCCAGACUGGGUUUACAGUCAUGCCUUGUGUUAUAAUCUCCUUAUUUAGACCUGUUCAGCUUUGAUCAUGUGGAUUUUUUCUUCCUGAUUAACUUCAGUCUAAAAUGUACUGAUGAAGAGAGGUGGGCGAAUGAAUAAGGAGGAAUCUUCAGUGAGAUUAUUUUACAUCCCUAUAAUAAUUUUGAAAUGUUGUACUUCAUAUUGCAUUCAGUAGAAAGUGAGUUUUUGUAUGUUUGUUUCUGUAGGCUGUGCUCUCUAUGGUGAUAAACAUGUAGAUAUCACAGGAUACAAAGGUGGUUCAGUGCUGUUACCCUGCUCCUGCUCUAACCUGCACACCAAACCUCAGAAAUUCACCUGGGGGUCCUACAGAACAGGACGUCCGACAGAAGUGUUAAAUGAUGAACACUACCGUGGCAGACUUCAGCUGUUUAAUCACAAUUCUCCAGGUAAUCUGUCUCUGCUCAUAUCUGACCUGAGAGAAGAGGAUGCGGUAGACUACAGGUGCAGGAUUGAGAAGGAAUACAGAGAGAUCAAGCUUCAUGUUAAAGUAGGAAUAAGAGAAACUUCAACACACUCGAGGAAAAAACACACAACACCUCCAUCAGAACCGCCUCAGAGUAAAACAACAAACUCUCCACCUGCAUCAUUCUCAACAACACUGGAACAAGUAGGAAGAAGAGAAACUUCAACACACUCGAAGAAACCAGACACAACAACUCCAUCAGAACCGCCUCAAAGUAAAACAACAAACUCUCCACCUGCAUCAUCCCCAACAACACUGGAACAAGGUAAACAACAAACACACAGCAGCCUCCCUCUAGGUACCAAAACUUUUCAUCAGCAAUGAAAAAACACAUCUGUAUUAUUACAUUUAUUAACAUUUUUGGAUGUAUUUUAUUACACAGUUUUUUGCGUGAAGAUGUGAAGGUACUACACACACACACACACACACACACACACACACACACACACACACAUACACACACACACACACAACACAUUUUGCGAUAGAUUAAAUUAAACCUGUAGAAGCAGCAGCACUUCUGUAAGUAUCUCUGGAUAAGGAAAAUGAACUCCAACUGUAUUCUUAAUUUAAUCUCCAUUUCAUUCUACAUGGCUUCUACAAUAACAGUUAUAGCAGAUUUGUUUCUACCUUUAGAGAUUUAGUUGUAUUUGUGAUACUCUGCAGGUAACACACAUGUAACACACAUGCUCUCAUUGAACAGUGAGUUAUAGGAAAAUAUCUUCUGCUGCUUCUAUCAGAACAAC